AUGGCCACCUCCGUCCUCCAGCCCGAAGAUUGCCGAAGAGAGCACGAACCCAAACCAGAAAUAACCGAAUCGCCGAGACUGACCGAAGAUGAACGGUUGCAAAUACUGGAAGCUAAAGAACGGGAAACUGGUGAACUGCCAUCAGAACUAAGAGAAAGAGCUAGAGUGGAACUUAGAGAAAACCCAGCGUUAAGAGAACAAGCGUUGGCUCAGAUGAGACAUUUUAUAGAAAAACAUCCGGCUAUUAGAAAAUGUCGAACUGAUCCACCAUUUCUGUUACGUUUCCUCCGCACAAAGAAGUAUUCGAUCCCACAGGCGUGCUCUAUGCUGGAGAGAUAUUUGACGAUCCGGCAAAUGUACCCACAAUGGUUUCAAAAGUUGGAUCCGUUGGACCCUAAAGUGGCUGCUGUUAUAGACGCUGGAUAUUUGGUUCCGCUGCCGAAGAGAGAUGCAGAAGGAAGAAGAGUUGUGUUGUCAUGUAUGGGUCGUUUCGACCCUCAUCUAUACGACAGCUGUGUAAUGGCUCGCGUCCAUUCAAUGAUAGUGGAGCUUUUACUGGACGAACCUCGCUCUCAGCUCCUCGGCUAUACACACGUCAACGACGAGGCCGGUAUGCAGAUGCCACACGUCAGUCUCUGGUCUCUCAGCGAUGUACGAAUCAUGCUCAAUUGUAUACAGAAUUCUACACCUAUGCGUCACAAAUGCACACAUUUUGUGAACAUUCCUCAUUACGGAGUGAAGUUUUUCGAGUUCGCCGUGUCUCUGCUAAGUGAAAAAUUAAAAGAUCGAGUUAUGUUUCAUCGUACAUCAGAAGAAUUGACAAAACAUGUCGACCCUGCUAUUUUGCCCAAAGAAUAUGGCGGCACAGUCCCCUUGAAGGAUAUGGUAGAGGAACUUAAGCGUAACCUUCUAAAACGCAGAGAGGAACUGCUGGCGUUGGACGAGAUGUGUGUUGAUUUGUACGCUUUAGAGAAAAAUGAUUUAACCCAAGAUAUACAUUCGACUGCUGGUUCGUUCAGAAAACUGGAACUAGAUUAG